UUACAUUAUAUAGAUUGGGAGAAAAUCGCCACCGGAACUCUGGGUUCCCAUGAUGCGCUGCUCCGACAGGGACGGAAGGAAAGGCAGAGUUGACUGUCUUGUUUAUAGAAGAUGUUUGACACAGAGUCGUGUGUUUUUAUUUCUUUCUUCCUCUAAACAGCUUCACAAAAAAAACCCAAAAACAAACAAAAAACAGUAGGCAUAAUUAUCCAUCGUAAGUUUAAAAAAAAUGACAUUCGAUGUUUUUUAUUUAAAUGCUUCUGCAAGGCGUGGACGACUCAAUAAUAAUAAGUUGCAUUUUUAAUUCAUGUUUAGUUGCGACGCACGGGUGUGGCAGAGCCUUUGCUUGUUAAAUGGACAAACACGCUAAAAGGCACCGGGGAAAUCAAUCGAUAAUAAGCUACUAAACAGAAUCCCGUGUGCUGCCAUGGACAGUGUGAAGAUGGAAUCUGUCCAGAUUAAAGAGGAGUUCCCUGAACUUGAACCUGUCCCCAUUAUAGUGGAGUUCUCUGGGCUGGCUUCCCUCCCCAUUAAACAGGAGCUCUGUGAGAUGCAAUGUGACAGCAGUCAGCCAGAGGUCUCUGAGAUUAAAGCUGAGCACAAUGAAUUGGAGAUCCCCCAGACAGAAGAACCCCUUCCUGUUAAACAAGAAGAGGUGCUGGAAACUGACCGUAUUAAACAGGAGCUCCCUGAAGUAGAGUUUGACCACAUGGAACCAGUGAAGGAAGAAUCCGAGGACUUCAAACCAGACAUCCCUGAGCUGGAGCUUGUAUGCCUGCGGGAGUGUAGCGUGGUGCUGGAGAGAAUCUGCGUGAGAGAGCAAGGCACUGGAGAGGAAGGCUCUCCCAACAGCACACAAGGAGGUGGAAAGGAAGAUGGGCGCUCCCAUUCAGAAUGCAGUCUAGCAGGUUCCAGUCCAACAGCUAAAGUGAGGGCGGGCGGUGGAGAAUAUCCUGACUGUGGGAAAGAUUUCAUCCAGUUAGGACAUUUAAAAAUACACCAACAAACUCACACAGGAAAGAAACAGUAUCGCUGCUCUGACUGUGGGAUGAGUUUCAGAGAUUCAGGAACCCUGAAAACACACCAGCGAAUUCAUACAGGCGAGAAACCGUAUUGUUGCUCUGACUGUGGGAAGAGUUUCAGUCGCUCAGGAAACCUGAAAACACACCAGCGAACUCACACAGGAGACAAACCGUAUCGCUGCUCUGAUUGUGGGAAGAGUUUCAGUCAGUCAGGAACCCUGAAAACACACCAGCAAACUCACAGAGAGAAACUGUAUUGCUGCUCUGACUGUGGCAAGAGUUUCAGUCACUCAGGAAACCUGAAAACACACCAGCGAACUCACACAGGAGAGAAACCGUAUCGCUGUUCUGACUGUGGGAAGAGUUUCAGUCAGUCAGGAACCCUGAAAGCACACCAGCGAACUCAUACAGGAGAGAAACCUUAUCAUUGCUUUGAUUGUGGGAAGAGUUUCAGUUUUUCAGGCGACCUAAAAAAACACCAGCGAAUUCACACAGGAGAGAAACCGUAUCGCUGCUCUGACUGUGGGAAGAUUUUCAGUCAGUCAGGAGACAUGAAACAUCACCAGCGAAUUCACACAGGAGAGAAACCGUAUCGCUGCUCUGACUGUGGGAAGAGUUUCCGUGUUAAAAACAAACUUAAAAUACAUCAGCGAAUUCACAGCAUGGGCGGAGGUAGGAGGUGGCAGUGGGGGGUGACAUUUCCCCUCCAAACUGUCCACAUAUCACCAAAUGACAAACGUUUUCAGUAAUCUUACACAUAGAAAAUCCACCAUCUCUUUCAUAAACACUUUUCUGCGCACCCGAUGGCAACAUCUGCCUGCGCUCUCCGCUUUAGGUAUCGCCCCUCACACCAGGCAUCACCAGAUUCGAGGCUGGCGGGGUCAGCUUCUAGCAGCACCUGCACAAGCUACUGCAACAACACACAACCGUUUUGUGAGAGAGUUACUGAGCUUUGGCUAAUUUUAAAACUGUGAACUUCAACAUGUUUCAAGCUGUAUCUCGGCUAAGAAAAUUACUAUUAGCCUAAAUGUGAUCGAGGAUAAAAUGGACAGUUCAGUGAAACUGGUUUGCUUCAUGACUCAUGUUAGCGUUUGCUGCUCAACAUGACAAAGACUUAAGUAACAGCUGUUGAGUCAGAUUGGGUCAUAAUAUCAUUCUGUUUAUGAAGUUAACAGAAAUUGAAUAUACGGGGGUGGGGGGGGGGUCCUAAGCCAUUCUCUGUGCCUGCUUGGUUUCUUGUCACGAACCCCCACACUGACAGAGAAUGGACAAGUGGUUUAUCUUUACCAUCGUUGAAUAGAUCCUGUGACGCCAGCAGUGUCUUUCAAAAGGUAAAAACCAGGUGGUUUUGAACGUUUUGACACCAUGAACAGAGAACGGUCCACCUCAUAAAUCCAUCUGACAGGGGCAAAACAGAGGAACAAUUGAGAACACUGGGCCGUCUCGGAAUGAGAACAGCCAAUGGGAAAACACCCCACGUGGACUCGGGCACAGCCCCAAAUAAACAAACUAUCCAAUCACCGGGGUGAAAAGAGGAUUAGAAAAGGACGAGUGCAGCUUUCAAUCAGUGCUCCUGACACACAGAACAAGGCUCUGAACUUUGACAAUCUGAAGACACACAGUCUGCGAUCAGCUUGAACAGAGAUACCGUUUUCAGAAACUCUGAUACGAGAUAACAAACCCAGUGUUUGCCUUGGUGUGGGAGUCCACCGCGUAAGAGGUCUAAAAUCCUAAAAAUCUCUGACUUAGCCCUGAUUGAUCACCGGAGGAAUGUAGUUGGACAUUUCAUUUUGAAGUCUACAGAGAUUGAAAUAUAUCCAGUCUGUCAUUAAGCUAGCAGUGCCGGAGUUUGCAGUGGAAUAUCCCAGACAUAACUGCAUGAAGAGUGCACUUAUUGGUGGAGGAUUUGCUGUUUCAGUGGAAUACCUAAAUAGUUAAUGACUCUUGUUUUUGCAAAAACAUUUCUUUCGUCCCUGGAAUUUGAACUUCCCUUGCCUGCAGGAGAGCCUUUGAGCGCCUGUUUUGUUCAGACCCGGAUCGGCUGGAAGAGGCAGCGAAAGUCUGUCAAUGAGUAGUGUUUUUAUCCUCUUAUGAACUCGAGAAUAAGCAGACCUUAAAGUAAAAUUAACGUUUUGUUUUAUGUAAAAUGUAAGAAGUAUUAUUGCUUUCAAUUAAUGCUUUGAGUUAAUAAACACUAUAGUAUUUGUUUGUAUGUGAUUUAUACAAAUUGAUGUGAGUUUUACAAGGCAAUUAUCAUUCUGCGUUUAAAGCUAGAAUCCAAAUUAGCUGUCUUGAUAAUAGAUCAUUCUUGUCAGGUUGUCUGGAUGCAAAGAGCGUCUUUAUCUCACAAGAGUGAGAAUUGCCUUCUGAGCCAAAACAUCUAUAUGAGACUGAUUUAACGAUGCUCUGAUUAUCAAAUAUUAACGAAAGUAAAUAUUUGUGUUACUAACGAUACCCCUAUUAAGAGUAACCUUCGUCUUAUGUAACUGUCAGGAAUGCGGUUGUAACCUUUAAAAGGAAUCUGCCAUAGAUUCCUCUGGAUCGCUAAUCUGCUGUUGGGAGUGUGGUGUCGUAUUUUACAUGUUCCUUUCUGUACUGCUUAGUUUAGUUCAUUGUUUCUUUCUGUAUUCCUUUAGUUUAGUUGUUGCACCUUUUAUUUUUUUCCUUUAUUUGAUUUUAUUAAUAAUAAAACUGUUCCUUUGUAUUCAGUAGAA